UCAUUGUUUAGCGUUCAGAUGUUGAAGAUGAGUUUGCAGGUGGAUCGGAUGUGCUGUAAAUCAGUAGGAACUGAUCUGUCCAUGCUGGAUAUUGAUGAUUUGAUGACAGAAAUCUCUCAGCUGAAGAAAGAGGUGGCGUUACUGGAGGCAAAGCUGAGGGAAAGAGAGGUUUGUACAGACAACACAUUUUGUCAGACAGCUGUUCAAUAUAUAAAUCAGUGUGAUUGUGUUUGUCAGGUUUCAGAUCAGAGGUCCAGAGACACACAGGACUCCGAGCUCAGCCUCACUUUACUCUGUUAUACUGCCGCUCAGGAGAGUGUGUGUGACAGUAAUCAGGGUGAUCAAACCUCCACAGAGUCUCUGGCUUCUGUCUGUAACGCUGCUGGAGAACAGCAGAUGCUCAGGAUACCAUUGAAGAAGCGUUCAGUGAAGAUGAUGGAGAUGAGAAGAAAAACCACAGCAGAGAAACCCAGUGAUGUUUGUGAUUUUGUUCCUUCAGAAGCAAACCUUGGAUCAUCUUCAAAUGGGGAAGCGGCUUCUACAUCAAAAGAGCGUUGUACAGCGAGUCUUCCCUGCAUCACUCGUGAGAAGACAUUAAGCUCGCUGCGGCAAUUAGUGAGACGUGAGAGAAAACCCACAGAACAGAAAUUCUUCAAAUGCAGGACAUGUGGGAGCUUAUUUUCUACCUCAAAAGAGAGGAAAGAUCAUUCAAAAGUGCACAAAGUAAAGGAGUUCCACUGUGAUCAAUGCAGGAAGGUUUUCUUUGUCGAGUCUCUUCUGAAAGCUCACAUGAAGACACACCGUAACGAAAAGCCUUACCGGUGCAGUGAGUGUGACAAGUGUUUCAAAACUAAAGGAAAUCUUGUUGUUCAUAAGAGAACACACACAGGAGAAAAACCAUUCAAGUGUCCUCACUGUGAGAGGAGAUUCACUCAUGGACCCCGUCUGAAGCAACAUGUCCAUUUGCACACCAAGGACAAGCCAUAUCAGUGCAGUAAUUGUGGCAAAACCUUUACACAGCUGGAUUCUUUAAAGGCACAUCAAAAUACACAUUCUGAGGAGAAACCCCAUCAAUGCUCACACUGUGAUAAACGUUUCCGACAGAGAUCUCAUCUGAUUGUCCAUGAGAGAACACACUCAGGAGAGAAACCUUACGUCUGCACUCACUGUAAUAAGAGCUUUUCUGAUCCACGUCAUUUCCAUGUUCAUCAGAGAGUGCACACUGGAGAAAAACCUUAUCAUUGUACCAUAUGUGGGAGGAAUUUCAAUCAAUACGCAAACUUAAUAAAGCACCAGAGAAGACAUACAGGAGAAAGACCUUACACAUGCACUCAAUGCGACAAAACAUUUGCUCGACCAGAUGUCCUGAAAACCCAUCACAGAGUUCAUACAGGAGAGAAACCUUACGGUUGCUCCACCUGCGGGGAGAGAUUCGCUUAUUUAGGACGUUAUCAGACUCAUCUGAAGAAACAUGCGAAAGAUCAAACCGCCCUAGAAUCAUUAUAGGUAUACAAUAAAAUAUAAUGAUAUGCAGUUGAGUUCAGCGGUUCGUUUGAAUUACAAAUAGUAAAAUAUGCACAUUAACGGAUGCAGAGGUAGAUUUAUGUAACCAUGCUGUGCUCGUGUCACUCAUGCAAAAAAAAAAUAAUUUUUUUUUAAAAUGCAAUGUUUCUCAAACCAUCAAAACUCGAAUGGAAGCAAGUCAAUGAAAAUCUGAAAUAAUUCGAUAACUCUUACCUUACAUACAGUAAAGCUGAUGGCAUUUUUCCUACUGUCCUUCGAUUUUAUGAUGUAUCUGUCAUAAUAUUAUAUUCUUGAGCUUUGAAUGCAAAUAAUUUUAUUUAAAAAUACUUUAUCCAUCAAGAUGGACUUCAAUCACUUGCUGAAGUUAUUUAUUAAUUGCCCUAUCCAGGUUAAAAUAAAAAAAUUAACUGCUAAUAACAAUUUUAAUAAAUUAAAGGUGGAGUGUGAAAUUUUACUUCAAUACACUUUUUGUCGAAUUACACGAUGAUCUCUUCGUGGUCCGCUAGCUGUCCUUUCUGUGUGUGCACUGAUACAAAAAUCUGAUGUUUGUACACAGCCCUGGCUCUGUAAAUGUUAAAAUGAAUAAAGUGCAUCAGACCGAUCCACACAACACUGUUGUGAUCACACAGCAUUGGGGACGCGUGUACAUGAAUGUGGGGGGGGCGGAGCUUCUGAAGGAGCACAGAAGGGAGGGGUGUGUUUGUUUGGCUGGAGAGUUCAAAUAUCAAGUCUUUCUUAGGAAUCGCUUGCAUGAAAGGGUGUGAUGAGUCUGAGGGGUGUUGGCAAAGGUUGUUUGAAAACAUGCUUUAUUUUUGCAAUUCUGUUUGGUGCCACUAGUAGGGCAGAAAUUACACAGUCCACCUUUAAUUCAUUUUAAUAUAUAUAUAUAUAUAUAUAUAUAAAUAAUUUACAUAUCAUUCUCAGGGAGUGUUACACUCAUAUGGGUCAGAUAACAAGCGUCGACUGUUCAGACCAGUAUCUGAUAUGGGCUACAUUUAAAUUGUAAUGUGAACAACCUUACAGAAAAAUGAGAUUAGAGCAGAUUCAGCUGAGGUAUGAACGUAGCCAUAGUGUUUUCACGGCUCAGCCAUCAGUUGGGGACAUGAAGCUCCCCAAGAGGUUUGGGAAUAGAGAUUAAUUCUGUUGAAUGCAGGGGGUCAGGAAUAGUUUUUUUAGGGUUUCACAUUUGGGUCAAAUGCUAGGACCAAACCAGAGUUUGUUUCCUCCCAUCCCUCUGCUUCCACUGGUGUCUGUUCUCAUCAUAUUUGUUUGGGUCUGAACCGCGGUCCAAUUGUGUCAUCAACGUGCAUACAAGCGACAGUUUUGUAACCAUAACAACUGAAGCACUUCCACAAUUAGAUAUGAUUGCGUUCAUAUCAGCAGUGAACCGUACCCUAGACCACCUUUUCAAGCAGACUGGGGUGCGCACCUGAGUUCAGAAAACUGUUCACAUUAUCCAAACGAACCAGGAGCUGCACCAAAAGUGCUAGUGUGAAAGCACACUUACUGUCAGCCCUUUGCCCCUGCUGGUAGAUACCAAAAUCAAAACAUUUUGAUAGCCAAAAAUAUUUUUUCCAUUGAUGGCCGUUCAAAAGUAACCGUGUAUUCUGACAAAAUGUUUUUUUUUUGUCUAUGCAACACAAAUUCUAAGUACUAACAAAGAUGCUGGUGUCCAUGUUCUUUAUGCAUCUGCAAAGCAACUGCUAUUGAGAUGAACAGAUGAGGAAAUUUUGUUGUUCAUGAGAACAGGACAAUUAUAGUGCUGUAAUGUGAACUUGUUCUACUAAAAAGUGGUUGCAUAACUAAAAAAAAAAGUUUCAAUAAUAUGAUUGCCUGGCUUUAUGAUGUUGUUAGACAUGUGAUUGUUUUGUUUUCUUGACUGCACAGCGCUGUUCUCUGACAUGGAGAACACAUCUCAAUUAUGCUGAAGUACUUUCUGAACAUUUGUAAUGUUAUAAUUUGUACUGCUUCAUGAGCUAAAGUUCUUUACACAGUAAACUGAGUGAUUGUCUCUGCUUUUUUGAUGAUCUUUUUCUUAAAUUGUAGGGUGUCAGUUAGAAUGCUUAAUGGACAUUUACAGUUGUUUCAGUAUAGUUGUUUUCUAAGUCCGUAUUCACACUGCAGGAAAAAAAUCAUCUUUUCCCUGUUUACAUCUGGAAGACAUUUUUUAGGUUGUUUAGUCAUCUGCAAUAUGUCUAAGACGUUUUCUCUCUGAUGUCAAAAAGACAUUCAGUAAAUGCUUUUUGAGACGUUUAUGAUUUAGAAUGUUUGUAAAUCUGUCAUUUUAAGAUGUUUAUCAGAUGAAAACUUGAAUGUGAUGCUUUCCAGAUGAAAAGAUCCAAAACAGAUAUCUAGAUGUACGUGCGCUCUGGGUUCUAAUUAACAUCUGCUAAACAUAUUUAAAAGAUCAGAUUUACAAACAAUAAAUUGCAAACAUCCGAAAGGUAUCUGCUUAAUGUCUGAUAGACAUCUGAGAAAAACAUACAUCUGAGAUAUACUUCAUUCAUGUAUAUCAGAUGAGCAAUCAAUUAAAAAAACUUCGACAAAAACACAUCAAGUAGUCAUCUAGGUGAUGUACGUGUGCUAUCUUGGAAUUUGC